CAACCUGCAAAGUGUUCGUUCUAGUGCGAUCAGUAGUGCAAACAUUCAUAGUUCCGCCUGCUAACUGAAGAUUAAGCUACUCCAUUAAAAAUAAAAUUUGCUGUUUUGGCUCGAUGUUGUAAAGGCGCUGUAGUGAAGCCUUUGUGUUUAUUAGAAUGUACUGUAUUAGAUUUUCGCAAAGUACAAUGCAGAAACAUUUGAUUUUUACGCUGAACUGUGUUCUUUUGGCCUGCUCCACCGCGACUGAAUCAAGUCUGAACGAAAGCCUGGAAACCGAAUGUACUACCGAAGAGCGAAGUGUCGAACCGAUCGCCAUCAAUCCCGAACCAUAUAUCCCGGGCGGUUUCCGCACCGACCCGAUAAGCUCUUCGGAAUGCAGACAGCUCGCCAUGCGGAGAUUCAGAAGCAACAGUAUGUGCUUUCCCAUGUGGCCUUUUUCUGUGGCUGACUGCGGAGCGCCCAAAGUCCCGGAUUACCCUGUGACCUACGAUACGGUUCUUCAACUGAACUGCAUAUCCGACGAAAGCAGCAUUAUAGCUGCGGCUGUAUCGAAUAUAAGCCACAUAAGCCCCAGACGUGCUGUCAUCCUGGGGCUCAGCGACGGCAACGGUACCAUGAAUACAUUACAAGCCAGUAUCGUCGGAUCCAUUCGGCAGCAGUUAAUCGCCUUGGGCGUCGUCGGCGCGGCCACGCCCUACACCACCGCCAGGAUCUACCGCGUGGGAGAUUUAGUAAACCUAUUGCAACUCCAGAUAAGCUCUUCCUCGGGAUUGAUCGUCCACAAGCAGGAUUUUCAUCGGAUGCCGCGUAUCCGACAAAUUAGUUUCGAAUCAGCAAGCAUACGCUUCUUGGAGCCGUAUACCUUCACCACAUUACCGCACCUGCGCAGUUUAGUGCUGGAUGGCGGCAUCAGCUGGUAUUGGAUAGAUCGUAAUUACUUUAUGAAAAACGUGAAACCGUCUAUGGAUGAGGAUGAAGUGCGGCGAUUGCACUGCGAUUGUUCUUUCGCUUGGCUCAGGAAUUUUCUCAAGACCCAUGCGUAUCUCACGUCAUCGAAAGGGAAAGAAGAUGUCUUCAGUGUGGCGAGCUACAUAUCGCCAGAUACAAGCGGCCGUGGCAGUAAUUAUUCAGACAGUCUCAGUGUCGAUUGUAAAGGGAAUUUUACUCUGGAUAAUUUGCAAACUGGGACGGAAUUCUCCUAUAAUACUGGCUGCUACAAUCUGACGUGUUAAACUCUGAUCGACUUGCAUGUGUUCGCUUUUGAACCCUAAACGCAACACUUUACCGGCAAUCGACUUAUUCGUUUGAUCAACGAUUGAUAAAACGCUUUGUUGACUUUUUGACUAAAACCUAAAUCGUGUUCGUAUCAUAUUCGCAAGCCGAACAUAUUUGUAUCAGUUUAUCGCUAGG